UCAUGCAGGGGUUUUUACUGUAUCGAUAAUCGCUUUGAUGAAUGCCCCCUAACCCUGUAGCCAGCCAGAGAGGGUCAGCGGGGGCGUCCGUUCAAGGUAUACCGGCCGGCAACCGACAGUGGUGGCUUGGCAGUUCCAAAAAUCGGCCGUGGUCAGCGCUCCCGUCACUGCCGCCGUCGCCGUGAUACCUGGAACCGCUCCGCCUGCCGCCUGCCGGACUCGCCGACCGACUGACCGACCGACCGAUUGAUCUCAAGACCAUCCGAGUGUCGCGUACGCGCCCGGCCUCUUCCCGUCAUUUGCAGCCACCCCCCAUCACCGCCGAAUUCCUCCUCGUUCGUCGCCCAACAUGCAGCCGACAAGGGUUCUUUUCAAGAGAUCCGUGUGGAAGGGUCCGCACAUUGUCCCUCUCCCCAUCCAGCGCCCUGAGCCCGGCAAAAAGAUCGCUCCCAUCCGCACCCAGGCCCGGUCCGCCACCAUCCUGCCCAACUUUGUCGGCCUCAAGUUCCAGGUACACAACGGCAAGGACUACAUUGACUUGACUGUCACCGAGGAGAUGGUGGGGCACAAGCUUGGAGAGUUUUCUGCUACACGCAAGCCCUUCAUCUGGGGUAAGAAGAAAUAGACAAACCAACUUCUUCGUCUCUUCAGUGAAGAAGAAGAAGAAGAAAAGAGAAGAAGAAGUCGAUUGAUUGAUGGAUGCGGGUUUGACACGUUUUUCUGUGGGCGGCGUUUAUUUCGGCAAAAAACAAAAAAGCAUAUUUUCGUUGCUUAUCUGUAUCAUACCAUACCAUUGUCAGAGGAGGGCACAGGUUUCUGUACACAUAUCAUAUUUUGGGCAAAUUAGAACUAUCGCUUGGUUUA